UCCGGGUUGGAAUGCGGGAAACCUGAAGCGCGGUUUGUAAACAAUAACUACAAUUUGACGUCUCCAGCAAUGCCAGGAAGAGUGAUCGAAGUAACCAGUAUUUCUGGGAAUCUUAGAAAAGGGUUGGAAUCCCUGGAAACAGAGUAUAAAGAUGGCGACAUCACUCAAAAGGGUUACUGGAAGAGAAAGUUCCGGUUGUUUGUUGAUGUUAUUCCUGACGAUGUGAAGGAUAGAGUGGGAAAGGCUGAAGAGGAGUUGAAGGAUAGUUUAAUAACAGAGAAAGGCUACUUCAAGCGCUUGGAGCAGUUGUUUGAACAGUUUCUGAAGAACACAGACCUUGGGGACGGGGAGCGACCUCCAGAGACUGGGAAGUUUAGAGAAACUGCGGAAGAGAAUGGCUCUCCACCGAAGAAUGGAAACGGGGAUGGAAUUGAUGAGAAAAAUGGGACCAGUCUUGAUGAAGCUAAAGCCAGUCCUGAUGAAGCAAAUGGCGAGAAUGAAGGGUCGUCAGAGAGUGGGAGAGACGCCGGAACUGGGGACAGCAGCCAGGCUGAAGAAAUGGACGUAGGUGACACUUCACAGGAUGAAGAACAGUCAGGCAAUUCUAAAAGCAGGAAGGGGCGUUCUAAGAAGGGUAAAAAGACAGGAGCAGCCCAGCCUUCCAUCAAAUCCAUGUUUUCUAAAAUCAGUUCCCCGAGCCAGAAGCGUAAAUCCGAUGCAACGACUGUUAAAGAGGAGGCAGAAGAUCAGGAUGAAACUGGAGAGGCUGACGCCAAGCGGCCACGCACUGACGAUGAUGCACCAGCUAGCAUGGAGCUACGACCGAAGACUGAGGAGGCAGCUCCUACUAUCCAGAAAGUGCCUACCAAAUGUUUGCAGUGUAAACAGCUUCUAGAUGACCCAGAUCUCCGCACAUUUCCAGGGCCACCUGAGGACGCGGUGGAGGAAUAUGUAGCACUUACUGACCCAAAGUUGUCGCUUUUCACCGGGGACGAAGAAGCAGUCGACAGUUAUGAUGAGCGACCACAGCAUAAGCUCACUCAAUUCACUGUAUAUGAUAAGAACACUCAUCUUUGCCCAUUCGACACCGGCUUGGUAGAGAAGAAUAUUGAGCUGUAUUUUACUGGGUACGUCAAGCCCAUAUACGAUGAAAAUCCAGACAGCGAGGGUGGAAUCCCCACCAAAAAUAUGGGGCCAAUCAAUGCCUGGUGGACCGCUGGGUUUGACGGAGGGGAGACUCCCCUAAUUGGGUUUAGUACAGCAUUUGCGGAGUACAUUCUGAUGAAUGCGAGCGACGUGUAUGAGCCAUUUAUGCAACAAAUGCAGGAGAAAAUUCACAUGAGCAAGAUCGUGAUUGAGUUUCUCAACAAGGAGCCAGAAUCUACAUAUGAGGACCUCCUGAAUAAGAUGCAGACGGCUGUUCCGCCAGUUGGGUGUGCUCGAUUCACAGAAGAUUCGCUUCUGAGACACGCGCAGUUUGUCAUCGAUCAGGUUCAGAGUUUUGACGAGGCGGCUGAUGAUGACGAGGAGUUGAUCAUCACCACACCGUGUAUGCGAGCGCUUAUCAAACUGGCUGGUGUGACACUGGGUAAAAGACGUGCAAUGAGAAAGGGGACCAAGGUGGCAAAGAAAGCCGCGCCGAAGCAGACCCUGGCGACCACGACGCCACUUGUUCAGGAGAUGUUUGACAGCAUGUUCCGCGGCCAGAUUGAUGAUAAGGCCAUGAAGGAGGCAAAGAGAAGGCGAUGUGGUAUAUGUGAGUCUUGCCAGUCACCUGACUGCGGUAAAUGCGCGGCCUGUGUGGACAUGGUCAAGUUUGGUGGCACGGGGCGGGCGAAGCAGGGCUGCCACGAGCGUAGGUGCCCCAACAUGGUGGUGAAAGCUGCCGAAGACGAUGAUUUGUUGGAUGAGGAGACUGAAGACAAAAUAUUGGUGGAACAGCUUAAACAGGCUACUAACCUCGGUCACAAGGCGUCUUGUGUGAAGAAGACUGAUCUGAAGUGGGUUGGUAAGCCAAUCAAAGUGGAGGGGAAGAAAUCGUACUACCAGACCGUACAGAUCAACAAUGAACAAGUAUCCGUUGGUGAUUGCGUAUCAGUCAAGCCAGACGAUCCAUCUAUCCCCCUGUACAUCGCGAGGGUGGCCUACCUCUGGGAAGAUUCUAAAGGGGAGAAGAAGUUCCAUGCACAUUGGUUUUGCCGUGGGACAGACUCUGUAAUGGGGGAGACCUCGGACCCGCUAGAAUUGUUCCUCGCUGACGAUUGUGAAGAUUCGAAUCUACAAUAUUGUGUUUCAAAAGUCCAGGUUGUUCAUCAUGCUCCACCAUCUGAUUGGUCGAUGAAGGGAGGGGAGGAGUUUGAACCUCCAAUCAAAAACGACGAUGGAAAAACAUACUACUACCAGAAAUGGUAUGACCCAGAAUUUGCGCGGUUUGAAGACCCUCCUGCAUUACCUGAAAUUCCUGAAGAGACGGCGUACAAGUUUUGUGUCAGCUGCUUCCGUCUCAACAACAUGCGCAAGAAAGAGACACCAACACUUGGCGCUGAAGUGAAAGGGGACGGUGGCAGUCAACUCUGUUACUUGAGCGUUUCUCGUGACGGUAUAGAGUACAAUGUCGGGGAUUGUUGUUAUAUCAUGCCAACUGCGUACGGAUUUACCGUCAAAGCUGCGGUCCCGAAGAAAACAAAAGUGGACAAGACUGCAGUUGAUGAAGAAGUGUACCCAGAAGCCUACCGUAAGUCCGACUAUAUUAAGGGCUCGAACGAAGACAUCCCCGAUACGUUCAGGAUAGGUCGGAUUGAACAGAUCCACACCAAGGAGUCGAUAUCUGGGCCAGCCUUGGACAAAAUUAAGUUUAAAGUGAAGAAAUUUUACAGACCGGAGAACACCCACAAGGGAAUGACAGCCGGCCAUCAGGCAGACACAAACCUACUCUACUAUUCUGAGGAAGAGGCGGUGGUUGAUUUUGCGGACAUCCGAGGCCGAUGUACUGUUGUCUACAGCGAAGAAGUGGACGUAUCCAGAGAUGAAAACUUUAUCAAUGGGGAGGACAAAUUCUACUUCACAGAGGCAUACAACGGCAGUACAAAGACAUUUGAAGAACCUCCAAGCAAAAUUCGGCUUAUGGGCUCUCGUGGAAAGGGUAAGGGUAAAGGCAAAGGCAAGGGAAAGUCUUCAUCCACCAGUAAUUCUGACACUGAAGUUCCUGUACAGAUUCGCAGACUCAGAACUCUGGAUGUCUUUGCUGGCUGCGGAGGCUUGUCCGAGGGAUUCCACCAAGCAGCUGUGGCUGAAUCACGCUGGGCGAUUGAAAAGGAAGAGCCUGCUGCCCAGGCGUACAGACUUAACAACCCGGGCAGUACGGUGUUCACAGAUGAUUGUAACCUCCUGCUGAAGCUUGUCAUAGAUGGUGAGAAAACAGAUUGCCUUGGCCAGAAACUUCCCCUGAAAGGCGAUGUGGAGUUGCUAUGUGGGGGACCGCCGUGUCAGGGCUUCUCCGGCAUGAACAGAUUCAACUCACGGGAAUACUCCAAGUUCAAGAAUUCCCUCAUAGCGUCUUACCUCAGCUACUGCGACUACUACCGACCGAAAUUCUUCCUCCUGGAGAAUGUCCGCAACUUUGUCUCAUACAAGCGCAGUAUGGUGCUGAAACUGGCGCUCAGAUGCCUUUUACAGAUGGGGUACCAGUGUACGUUCGGCGUCCUACAAGCGGGCAGUUACGGAGUGGCACAGACGCGCAGGAGGGCCAUUAUCCUUGCUGCAGCCCCCGGGGAGAAGUUGCCCUUCUAUCCAGAGCCGCGACAUGUCUUUGCUCCUCGAGCAAUGCAGCUAUCCGUACAAGUGGAUAAUAGAAGGUAUGUGUCAAACAUAACACGAACAGAUUCCGCGCCAUUCCGCACGAUGACGGUUCGUGACACGAUGUCAGAUCUACCGGAGAUAAGGAAUGGAGCAAAGGCAGAAGAGAUCUCGUACAACUGUGAUCCCAUGUCACAGUUCCAAAGAGUGAUCCGUGGCAAGCAGCACCAACCAGUACUCCGUGACCAUAUCUGUAAGGACAUGAACCCGCUGGUACACGCUCGAAUGCAGCAUAUACCUCUGGGCCCGGGCUCAGACUGGCGUGACCUGCCCAACCUAGAAGUCAGGCUCUCAGAUGGCAACAAGUGCAAGAAACUACGCUACACCCACCCUGAUAAGAAGAACGGUCGUUCUGAAAAUGGCGCUCUGCGGGGUGUUUGUCAAUGCGCAGAGGGCAAACAGUGCGAUCCAAUGGACCGCCAGUUCAACACCCUGGUCCCAUGGUGUCUCCCCCACACAGGAAAUCGACACAACAACUGGGCGGGGCUGUAUGGUCGACUGGAGAUGGAUGGGUUCUUCAGUACAACAGUUACGAACCCUGAGCCAAUGGGGAAACAGGGUCGCGUUUUACACCCAGAGCAGCACCGUGUGGUCAGUGUGAGGGAGUGCGCUCGCUCCCAGGGAUUUCCAGAUACCUACCGUUUCUACGGCAGCAUUCUGGACCGGCAUAGACAGGUUGGCAAUGCUGUGCCCCCACCAAUGGCUCGGGCAAUAGGCCUUGAGAUAAAGAAAUGCCUGGUUGCCAAGGAGAUUGAGCUAAAAACAGAUCCCAAGGUCACAGAAUCAGAGGUCAAGGUCACUGAAGAAGAGGAAAAGGUCAAGGUUGAGAAAUCAGAGGUCAAGGAUGAGAAUGAAGAAAUGGAUGCUACACCCAGUACUUCUUGAGGAUUGAAAAGAGCAAGAGAAUUUGGAUCAUAUUAAUUGAAUUGAAUGGAAGAACUAAAUUAUGAACUUAUUUUGAUCGAGGCCACAAACAUGAAUUAUUUGUUUGGUGGUUGCGGGCACAUUUGUGAAACUGUCCGGAACCACCAAACAAAUAAUUCUGUGUGUUUGUUUAUUUUGCCUCUUCAUGUGCUAUAUAUAUUAAGUAUUUCAUUUCUGUUUUAUUUCGAAAUUCAGGUGUUAGGAAGUAAUCUAUACAUACCAACAAACCCACACCUAAUAAUGGAGCUAUGGAAAGGUCAAACAAUAUAUAGUUUGGACUGAUAGUGCUUUUCAUUAUGUCUUUAAAGAAAACUUGAACAUUUCUUAUUAAAACUUAUUGUGCGAGUAUUUGAUUUGUUGAAGGAAGGCACUUAAUAGGAAAUGAAUUUCUUUCCUAAUUGUUGCAUGAAGAAAAGUGCUUAGAUUUUUUGGUGAUAUUUGAGUGGAGAAAUUUGAUUUUGUACUUUGAGUGAUUGUGCUAUACUUGUGACAGACCAUUAAUUAAUGUACAUGCACUUAUUCUGAAAAAUAUAGUUUUUCAGAGGUUUUUAUAACGAGUUCAAAUUGUGGGGUGAAUGUUAGAAGGUACUUACAAAGUGGCAAUUAAAUGUAGAAGGGGAUAGUACCUUCCUGCGUUAGCCCAGGAUUAUUAAUUUAAAUAUCUGAUUGUUAAUGUUUUAUGUGGAAAGUGACUACAAUGUAGACUGGGGUGGGAUUGACUUCACAUUGGACUGCUGGGGUGGGAUUGACUU